AUGGCGCGAGACAAGUCCACCAUACGGUUGACGUAUGUGCCACGUAGCCAUAUUCAAAACAAGACUGCCCAGAGCAGCGAUCCACAAAGCACAUCUGCCUCCGUAUCAACUCCAACUCCCACCCAGCCGAUCGGUCCAGGAACCAAGCAACAUUUGACUCGAGCCUACUCACCGAGAUCAUAUUGGGCGGGCAAGUCAUCUGUUCCUCUGACUGGCCUUCAUAUUGCUAAUACAACGUUAUUUAGAAAAGAAGCCGUAACCCGCCAGAAUAAUGCCUUCGCGCGUAUUGAAAAGGCCCUUGGGACUGAUGACCUGUGGAAGCUCCCACCACGUUAUGGCAAUAUGGACCGUGAAGAUAUGCUACUUGAAGGCUUGCGAGCUGCCAGAGUGACCGUCAACGAUGGAAUGGAUUAUGGCCAUAAGAUCUUCCACCAAUCCAACCAUGAGUGGGCUUUAUCAAACGCUAAUCCUUUUGGUUUGACCGGCCUCCUAUUUAUCCCUAUGUUGAAGCUUCAAUGCAACCCUGAGCAACUUGCGUAUUGGCUACCUCUUGCUGAGUCGGGAAAGAUUAUUGGCUCGUAUGCGCAAACCGAGUUGGGUCAUGGAAGUUUCGUUGCUGGCCUUCAAACGACGGCUACUUUGGAUAAAGUGACUGAUGAGUUUGUCAUCCAUACCCCAAAUCUUUCGGCAGUCAAGUACUGGCCAGGAGCGCUGGGCUUUGCAUCUACUCACACUAUUGUUAUUGCUCAAAUGAUCAUUGAUGGCAAGGAAUAUGGAACACACUCCUUCGUUAUGCAAAUUCGCUCUUUGGAAGACUUCAAGCCACUGCCUGAUAUUGAACUGGGAGAUAUGGGAUUGAAAAUGUCAUACAACGGAACAGAUAAUGGUUAUGCUAUCUUCCACCACGUUCGCAUCCCACGCACCAACCUUCUCAGCCGCUACAACACCGUCAGCAAAGAUGGCGCGUACCUCGCCGACCCUCUCCGCGAGAAGCUCUUAUAUGGCGGCAUGGUCGGCGCCCGCUCCACCAUAAUCCGCAACAGCGCCUUCCAACUCGCCCAAGCCCUCACCAUCUCCACCCGGUACUCAGCCGUCCGCCUCCAAGGCCAAAGAAGCAUUCCCGAUGAGCCAGCCAUCAUGUCAUACAAGCUUCAGCACUACCGCCUCCUAACCCUAAUCUCCAAAGCCUACGCCAUCCUCUUCGCCUCCAUGGCCGCCAACGUUACCUACCAGAAGCUCCUGGAAGCACAGGCCCGCGGCGACCAUGCUUCUCUGCCAUACGUCCACAUGAUCAUGGCGGGCCUGAAGGCGUGGUGCACGCAAACGGCAGCCGACGGCGCGGAAGACGCACGGAAGUUGUGCGGUGGCCAGGGAUACCUUACCAUGUCUGGCCUUCCUGAAAUCGUGGCAAGUAGUACGGGGUGCUGUACUUUCGAGGGCGAGAAUACGGUUUUGUGGAAACAGGUCUCGAGAUACCUCAUGAAAGGCAUAGCAGCCCCCGCUCUCCCGCCAGACAUGGCGUACAUAUGCAGCUCCACAGCCACUCUUCUCGCUUCCUACGCAGGAGACGCGUUCCUGAAACCCUCCGUCCUGGUGCAGGUAUUCGAACACCGCGCUGCUAUACUAGUGAACGAGGCGUACGAGUUGCUGUGUGCUGAAGAGGGCUCGGCAGUGCGAGCAGAGAAUACCCAUGCGGUUGCGCUGCACGUCGCGGCGCGCGCGCACAUUGAGCUGUAUAUCCUACGCGCCUUUAUCGCGCGCGUGUCUGCCUCCCCGGCCGCGCUGCAGCCCGUCCUCACGAACCUCCUACUGCUCUCGCACCUGCACACAGCGUCCUCGCCACUCGUCCCCACCUCCUCCUCGUUCACCUCCUUCCUCACAAGCACCCAACUCUCCACUAUGCGCUCCCUAACCAACACAUUGCUCGAGCAGCUGCUGCCCGAUGCGAUUGCGCUUACAGACGCGUGGAAUUUCUCGGACGCGAGUUUGAGUAGUGUGCUCGGGUGUAGGGAUGGUGAUGUUUACCGCAGGAUUAUGAUGUGGACGAGGGACUUGCCUAUUAAUGUGCAUGCUCGGGAGAAUGGGGGCGUGUUGAGAGAAGGGUGGGAGGAUUACAUUAAGAAGUUUUUGGGUGAGGGUGUGGUGAGAUCAAAGUUGUGA